CUGGAGCCCCCCACCCCAGCACUGCCAGGCACCCAGGAGACCACUGCCCUCUGCUUCCCCCAGGUCUGACCUGCGCCAGAUGUUGGCCACCAAGAGCGUGGAGAACAUCCAGUUCCUGCCCUUCCUCACCACUGAUGCCAACAACCUGAGCUGGUUGGGCUACGGCUGCCUGAAGGGGGACGGGACGGUGAUCACCGUCAACGCCAUCGGGGCGACUCUGCAGACCCUCUACAUCCUGGUCUAUCUCUACUACAGCCCUGCCAAGCGCCCCGUGCUGCUGCAGAUCCUGCUGCUCCUGGCUGUGGUGGUCACUGGCUGGGGCUACUUCACCAGCCUGGUUGACACGGGGACGCGCCUGACACGCCUGGGGCUCUUCUGCAGCGUCUUCACCAUCACCAUGUACCUCUCACCACUGGCUGACCUGGCCAAGGUUAUCCGGAGCAAGUCGACGCGGUGCCUGUCCUUUCCCCUGACCGUCGCCACCCUUGUGGCCUCCAGCAGCUGGACGCUCUAUGGCCUGCAGCUCCAUGAUCCCUACAUCACAGUCCCCAACGUGCCAGGGAUCGUCACCAGCCUCGUGCGGUUCUGGCUCUUCCAGCGGUACAGGCCAGAGCAGGACAAGCCCUACAGCCCCCUGCCUGCCUGAGAGGUGCCCUGAGGAGCACCCCAACUCUGGCCUGGGCUGGCCCCAAGUGCUGCCACUCCCAGUGGGACACCAGGAGGGACCUCCUGCCUCCAGCCCUGCAUCCUGCAGCGAAGGUUCUGGAGCUCUCAGCAAUGCGUUUGGGGUGCCAUAAGCCCCUCAAAUCCCAGGGUGGGAGGAGAGUUUUCCAUGCCCAUGGCCCUGCCUGGCACUGGGAUGGGGCUUCCAGGGGUCCACGUGUCACUUUUGUAUGGAUUCAAGUGCCUUUUAAUAAAUCAGAGACUUCCCAGUGCCUGCUUCUUGUGCCUCCCUCCAGGUGCUGCUGCAGAGGAUGGUACAGCUGCUGGCCCUGCAGCAGCUUUGGGAGCUCCUUGUGGCCAACCAGGGGCUGUUUAUGGCCAUACAGGGGCUAUUUGUGGUGGGGGCUCAUCCUGGCACACCCUGGGCUCUGGCU